CUCAUUAAGGGCAAGUUUGUGCCAAACUAUAAUGGGAGAGGUAUAUUUACACCGAAGUAUAACAGUAUGGUAUAUUUAGACCAAAAAUAUAAAGAGAGGUAUAUUCAAACUAUUUUCAAUAGUACACGGGUAAAUUUGGCCCUUUACCGUUAAUUAUAAGUCAAAUGUGCUUUGUCUGGUAUACAAGGACCAAAAUGAAAACAUCCUUAUAAUUAGGGACUAAAAAUGAUAUUAUCCCUUUAUUUUGUUUUCACCCGUGAAAAGUUGUUGUUAAACUCAUCAGUGUCUUUCCACUUUUCUGGAAAAUCAGUUACGUCCAUAAUGGCUACCACCAAAACCGAUUCGCAUUUGAUUUUCUCUUACGGAACUCUAAAGCGCGGAUUCCCCAACCACCACUUAAUCGAAACCCUAAUCUGCACCGGUGACGUCAUCUUCAUAGGCGAAUACACAACGGUCUCCACCUUCCCGCUAGUCCGCGGGCCCUACGGUAUCCCAUACCUGAUCAACAUCCCCGGGUCGGGUCACCGGGUCAAGGGCGAGCUAUACAAGGUGAAGUCCAAUGGACUUGGCCCGUUAGAUGAUUUGGAAGGGAUUGAGAUAGGGCAUUAUGAGAGGCUGCCGGUGAGUGUUGUUGGUGGUGAUGAGGUAGUGGUGUCGGCGGAGGCGUAUUUUGCGCAUAGGAGUUUUGGUGAAGGGAUGUGGAAGAGAUGUGGAGAGAUGGGGUUGGAGGAGUUUAGUGUUGACAUGGCUGGCAAGUAUGAGAGGAAAGAAGACAGGCCGAGUAAUCGUGAUUUUAUUCAGGAUAUUACAGAUUUUAUCCACAAUGGUGAUAAUUGAGAUUGUGGUCUUCUUCUCUUUUAUUGGUUAGAAAAAUAAAGUAGAAUUAUGUCAUUGUGAUUAUUGCUAGAUGAAGCAUGUGACUAUUGCUAUUAUUCCUACUACUAUUGCAAAUGCUUUAUAUUGUAUGAACAGGGACAGGUUAAUAGAUUUGAAGCUUAUAGCUUGCAAUUUCA